AUGGUGCUUCGCUCCGAAUCCCUCCGCCAACUUAAAAUCGUGACGCCGCUUCCAGCCUCUUCCCCUGCGCCGCGCGCUUGCGCCGCAUGCGGAAGCGUUUCCGCCUCCGUCAUCCCGCCAGUCUGCCCCUGCUUCGAGGAGACGGUGCACGGCGCGCACGGCGCGCACGGAGCGACGGCCCAGGAAGGGGAUUCCGCGACGGUGAGCCACCCGCGGGAGUUCAUCUUCGAGGCGUGGAUGCGCCACGUGGGGCCGUCGCUGCGCUCGCUCACUCUCUCGCGCGCAGUUCCCGUUGCUUCGUCCACAAAUUGCGGCGGCAACGGGAGCGUGGUCGUGAACCUGUGGGAGGAGGAGGACGCGAGUCUGCAUCUCGCGCACAUUUCCCGCCACUGCACCAACCUGCGCUCGCUCUCAAUGGGCCACGUAUCCCUCUCCGCGCCGACCCUGCUCGCAACUCUCCAGCCCAUGCCGGCCCUGCAGCACCUCUCGCUCUCGUGGCUGCACGCGUGCCCCGCCGCGCUUCACGCCGUGCUUGACGCCGCGCCGAAUCUCCGCCACCUCACGAUUUUCAUGGCGUCGGGUCUUCCGCGCCUGCAUCUGCGCCUUCUGCCGUCCCUGCAGCACCUCUCGCUUUCCUACAUCCGCGCGGACUCCGUUACGCUUCACUCCGCGCGCUCCCUCCAAACCCUCUCUAUCCGCGACAUGUUUCUCCGCUCGCUCUCAAUCCGCGACGCGCCCAAUCUGCGCCAACUCUCCGUCGCCUCCGCCAACAGCCUGCUCGUCUCCGCGCCUCACUCGAGGGUGGCUGAUGCUGCACUGGCCGUGUCCACUCAGCCUGUGGGUUACUGGCCUGCACUGACUGCAGCAGAGCGACAGCACCAGCUGUUUUUGAAGGGCCUGGACUGCCUCCAGAGGCGGUUUGGUUGCUUCCAUGUAGCCUCCCCUAUGCUGUACAGGCGUGAAACAGCCACUAAGCUGUUUUGGCAGAGUAGUAGUAGUAGGAAGUGCUCUUAG